AUGUUCGACUCCAUUGCUCCUCGGUACGACCUCAUCAACAAGGUGAUAUCCCUUGGGUUGGAUAUGCAAUGGCGAAGAGCAAUGGUUCGAGGUCUCGGGCUGCGAGCUGGAGACCGAGUGGUAGACAUGGCCACGGGGACGGCCGACGUCGCGAUCAUGAUUUCCGAAGAACUGGCCAAGCUGGAGGGGGCCCCGGAAGGAACGAUCCCGGGAACGGUCGAACCGGAGGUGAUCGGGAUCGACCCUAGCGCGAGGAUGCUAGAGGUUGGGCGGGAGAAGGUUGCGGAGGCGGGGCUGUCUUCACGGGUACGCCUUCAAAUAGGGGACGCUCAAGAUUUGGCGGAUAUCGCGGACGGAUCGGUGGACAAGCUGACGAUGGCCUUCGGAAUCAGAAACGUCCCCGAUCGAUCUAAGGCCUUGGAAGAAAUCAGGCGCAUCAUGGCAACACCAGCACUAGACGCGGGGGCACAAGGGGCGACAGAGGACGCUGGCGGUGCGGGAGGACAUGCGUCCUCGUCCUCGGUUGUGGCGAUUCUGGAGCUCCAGGACCCGGAGUCGGGCUUGCUGGCGUCGGCGACAAGGGCUUUCAUAAAGUACGGGGCGCCCGUGUUGGGCUGGGUGAUGAGCGGCAACGGAGCUGAGUACGGGCACUUGAAGAACUCCAUUCUCAGAUUCCCCUCGGUGUCGGAGUGGACAGCCCUGAUGGGAGACGCAGGCAAGAUUCACUUAGUCGCGCCGCUGCCCCCGGGUGCUACGAUCUCUGUUUUUUUUUUAGUUGUCCUUAGCGCGGUGCUUAUGUGGAGUGCGGAGUCACGGGACUGUCAUGCUUGUUAG